AUGAAAGACAUCAUUAUGAUUGAACCCUGCAGGAUAUACUGUAAAGCUAAAGAUUUAUCGAAACCAAUGAAACCUGUGGGCCAAACGUCAUUUAUGAUCGACGAUAUACUGAAACCGGAUGAAGUAACUACGAAAAAGAGCAUAUCUGUGGAUCUUUAUUCACCGGUUAAAUCUUUACAUAGGCCAAUGCCUAUUCUCUUAUCGCCACUUUGUUCCAGUUUUGCCAAAUUUAACUUUACUUCUUCGGAGACAUCUUUCCCAUAUUCUCCUGUAAGAUCGCCUUAUUCUUUAGAUUCAAAUCAUUUGUGUAUGAUGAGUCCAAACAAUACUCCAACUGGGACAUCCGCAUUUGUGUUUCCCACAAAGUCCCCACGUGAUUGCGAGCUCUCCGUUCAAGUUAGUGAAGAAAAGCUAAGGCAAUAUUUUAUAAAUUUUUCAGCUGGAGCAGAUAUUAAAGAAAUGGAAGAUAAGAAAUUUAAAGAUUGUUUCACUGGAAAUUUUCUUUCUCAGUGGGAUUCUGUUUCUAAAACUAUCAAACCUGUUAUUGCUGCAGUUAAUGGAUAUGCAUUUGGUGGAGGAUGUGAGUUAGCUAUGAUGUGUGAUAUAAUUUAUGCUGGAGAAAAUGCACAGUUUUCUCAACCUGAAAUUAAUCUAGGAACAAUUCCAGGUGCUGGUGGUACUCAAAGAUUGCCUCGUAUUAUUGGAAAAUCACGAGCAAUGGAAAUGGUGUUGACAGGCAGUAGAGUGAAAGCAGCUGAAGCUGAAAAAUGGGGAUUAGUUAGCAAAGUUUAUCCAACUGACAAAGUUGUAGAUGAAGCCAUAAAAUUAGGUGAAAAAAUUGGAAGUAUGUCAAAAUUAACAGUUGCUAUUUGCAAAGAAGCUGUUAAUCAAGCAUAUGAAACAACUUUACAAGAGGGAUUGAAAUUUGAAAAGAGAUAUUUUCAUUCAACUUUUGCCACUGAUGAUCGAAAAGAAGGAAUGACAGCUUUUGUAGAAAAGAGAAAACCCAACUUUACAGAUAGCUAAAUUUUUAUCUGAGAGAUUUAUAUAAAAUAAUAAUGUAUUCAAAUGUAAUUUUUAUAUAAUAAACUUAAGUGAUAAAUUUACAUUUAGAUUUC